AUGCUGGCUUACUAUGUCUUGUUCCUGGCAUUUGCCUUGUACCGCCUUUCUAAGGCGAUCUACAACCUGUACUUCCAUCCGUUGGCCAAAUUUCCAGGACCCAAGCUCGCCGCCGCAUCCCACUUGUACGAGUUUUACUGGUCCGUCAUUCGGGACGGGGAGUUCAUCUGGGUGCUAGAGAGGCUGCAUAAGAAAUAUGGUCCAAUUGUGAGAAUAACACCACGCGAGCUCCACAUUAGCGAUCCCUCAUUCUAUAAUGAGAUAUACGCGGGUAACCCGAAAAGGGUGGAGGGCGACUACCGGUUCACACGGUCCCUCGGUACGACAAACUCUAUGUUUGCGGCCGUCGACCAUGACCUCCACCAGGCGCGCCGCAACAGCUUGGCCAAUUUCUUCUCCAAGCGGUCGAUCUCCGACCUCCAGCCCAUAAUCCAGGACAAGGCGGAGCGGUUUAUCAUGAGGCUGGAAGAGGCUUCUCAGAGCGGGUCUUUGGCCAACCUAAGCACCCUGUUCAUACCCCUCAGGUUCACAGAAGCAAAGAAGCUGCCUCCAUCGCUGGUGGGGCGCAUCUUGCCCAAGGCAGCUGUGGUGGUGCUGAAGACCCACCGCACCAUCAGGUCGUUGGCGUUGGAGGUGCUCAACGCCAAGGAGCCCAAAGCCUCCGACGAGAACAUGUUUGCCGCGCUUGCUGAUCCGUCGCUCCCGGCGGAGGAGCGGACCCUUGAGCGCCUCGAGGACGAAGGGUUUGUGAUUCUGGCCGCCGGGACGGAGACUACGGCCUACAGCCUCAGCGUCACCAUGUUUUAUCUGUUGGACAACCCUGGCAUCUUCUCAGAGCUCUAUGAUGAGAUCAAGGGGGUCAUGCCUGAUCCAGCAGAGUGUCCGCCCUUGGCGACGCUGGAAAAUCUAGCCCUGUUGAGGGGUGUUGUAAACGAGGGCCUCCGACUGUCCAUGGGCACACUGACACGACACCCUCGCAUAGCACCGGACCGGGUGUUGCAAUACAAGGACUGGUCAAUUCCUGCAGGUCAUGGCCACAGCUGA